UCUGUGAGGACCGUGUCACAACACAGCUUUAAUGCUAAAGCAGUAAAUGCCUCAGAGCCUGACAGCCUCUUUACUUUUCUUUGUUUGGAUUUUUUUCUGCAAUUCUGUUCCUGAUCUGAUCUCGUCUGACAGCUGCCCGGCUGUAUUUUGAGACCUUGUUGUCAGGGUUACAUCUCCAUAGUUACUCUCCCAAAGGAAAGGGAGGGGUUUGCAAGGGACCCUCAUGUGGAUGGAGUAAAGAGAGACAAUAAUGAAGAAGAAAAAACUGUAGCAGAGAAGUUAGAGGGAAGGUUACCUGUGGAAGAGCAAGUGAGGUCAAAACCUACAAGAAGAGGACAGAGUUGGACUGAAACCUUUUCAGGAUGGGCUAUGAUCUGGAGAGGUUUGUUGGUUACGUGAAUGAAGGGCUGCUCUGCUGUGUUUGUCGAGACGUGCUGGAGCGCCCCCUGCAGGCCCCGUGUGAACACGCAUACUGCAGCGGCUGCAUCAGCAGCUGGCUGCUGCAUCACCACUCCUGUCCAGAGGACAGACUUCCCCUGGAUGUGAGCAGUCUCAAACCUUUGUACAGGUACAUGCGCAAUGACUUGAACCGCCUACAGGUUCGUUGCGUGAAUGCAGAGCGAGGAUGUGAGGAUGUCUGCUCCCUGGAGAGCUUGCACACACAUGAGGAUGAGUGUGAGUUUGCCUUCAUAUCCUGCUCCAACUCAGGUUGCCCUGUGCAGGUAGAGAGGCGAGGUUUGGAGGCUCACCUGUUAGAAUGUAAUUUCCGCAGCAGGGAGUGUUCCAACGGCUGUGGCCACACUCUUCUCUCCAUCGACCAGUCUCAACAUAACUGUGUCGCAGAGCUACGCACAGAGGUGGAAAUGUUGAGGGCGGAGAUGCUGUGCAAGGUGGAGGAGGUGAGACGAGAGAUGGAAUCACGGUUGGACUCGCAGAGGAGACACAUGGUGCAGAAAGAGUCACAGCUGAAGAACGAGGUUGAGGAGCUGAAGGGUCAGUUGUCGCGUGUGAUCUGUGACAUGCGCGCCCUGUUAGGAGCAGAGCGCCUGAGGAGACAGGAGCUGGCAGAAACAGAGCUGGAGAAGAGGGAACUGUUGGAGCUCCUCAGAGACCUGCAAACCACCAGAAGCCCCCAGAGUGCAGAGCAGGAAGUCCAGAACCAGCAUCAGGGGGACCAGCAGACAUCUGCCUGGCAGGUCCACACAGAGCAAAGAGAGGCUUCUUUACACGCCUCCAGUCUGUCCCUGCACUCAGCUCAGACUUCCCAUGCUGCAGGUUCUUCUUCACCUCAGCUGGGAGACGGGGUACGCAAGGGCAGCACCCGCAGUCUGACUCUGGACUGCAUCAAGAGAAGGAGCCGAGAGGUGACUGUCAUCUGAGUACAAUUAAACAAGAGCCAAGCUCUAAGAGAAUAAAUACUUACUUUGUAUGUUUAGUGUUGUUUUUGGGGUGAGUUGCAAUAAAUCAUCAGUUUGAAAACAAUACUUGUGUCCUUUCGAAUGUAUUGUGCAUUAAAUGCAAUUCUAAUGUAGACCAUUCCCAGGUGGCAAAGCAGGAUGAUGUGAAAGCGAACAUGCAUUUUGUAAAUUCAUUCGCAGCUAUUAUUUUCUUGUUAAUAACUUGAAAGAGAUCACGAUAAUGGGCCUUUCCAUUUCUAUA